AUGUACCCCGAUCCCAUCCGUUUGGGUGACAACGUCUUGGUCAUGUGUGAGACCUGGGAUCCGGAUGGAACUCCCAACAAGUUCAACUACCGCCAUGAAGCCGCACGACUCAUGGAGGCAAACGCCGAGCACGAAGUCUGGUUUGGGUUGGAGCAAGAAUAUACCCUUCUCGGCGCUGACGGCUGGCCAUAUGGCUGGCCUAAGGGUGGUUUCCCUGGUCCCCAAGGCCCUUACUACUGCGGUGUCGGCACUGGUCGUGUCUACUGCCGCGACAUUGUCGAGGCCCACCAUAAGGCUUGCAUGUAUGCUGGCAUCAACAUUUCAGGCACCAAUGCCGAGGUCAUGCCUGCCCAGUGGGAAUACCAAGUUGGUCCUUGUGAGGGUAUUGACCUUGGUGACCAACUUUGGGUCUCCCGAUGGCUCCUUCACCGUAUCGCCGAAGAAUUCGGCGCAAAGGUCUCCUUCAAGCCUAAGCCAAUCCCUGGCGACUGGAACGGCGCUGGUCUUCACUCCAAUGUCUCCUCCAAAGAAAUGCGUGAAGAAGGCGGUAUGAAACACAUUGAGGAAGCUAUGAAGAAGCUUGAGAAGCGUCACAUGGAGCACAUCAAGGUAUACGGUGAAGGCAAUGCAGACCGUAUGACAGGUGCCCACGAGACUUCCAGUAUCGACAAAUUCACCUGGGGCGUCGCCAACCGCGGCUCUUCUGUUCGUAUCCCACGUGCCUGCGCCCGGGAAGGCAAAGGUUACUUUGAGGAUCGACGACCUGCUUCUAAUGCUGACCCUUAUCAAAUCACUGGCAUCCUCGUCGAGACCAUGUACGGAUCGUUACCCGAGGAGAAGUUCUGA